UUUACUGUAAUGGAAUUGGCAGUGAUAAACUGAAUAAUUUAAAGUACUUUGAUUUUUUGAUUCGAAAUUGGUAUGACCCAGAGAAAUGCGGAGCAAAUAAUGCAGAAUCCUAUAUCAAAGAGGAAACUGAGAAAAUAAAGAAAAGGUACAAGGACUGCAAAUUUUUGGAAGUCCUUCGUCAGUGUACUUCCAAAUGCUUCUUGAUGUCGAACCCUGGCACGCAAAUCACUUGUAAGGAGAAAGGACGACUUAAAGAUAUGACGAAAGAAUUCCAGGACAGCUUGAGAGCAUAUCUGUCAGGUGUAGUGCAGAGAGUCUCGCUCAAUAUUGGACCUGCUGAUCGUAACAAUACAUUCACAUGUAGUAAGAUGUUUCAGAAGAUGAUGGAGCUUGUGUCAUACAUUAAUUAUCUGAAGUACAACAUCUCCAGUCCUUCAGAGGUCGCUGUAUUUCUGCUGGACACGGAAGGCUCCAUGGAUAUGGAAGGUGACAGAAAGGCCAACAUAAAGAUGUGCAUGUUAACCAUGCUCCUCAGCUCACACCUUGUGUACAAUGUGAAUUCCAGCAUAAAAGAAACCGACAUUGACUAUCUUGAGAUUUAUUGUCAUGGAAUCGGCAGUGAUAAACGCUACAAAUUAAAGUACUUUGAUUUUUUGAUUCGAAACUGGUAUGACCCGAAGAAAUGUGCAACAAAUGAUGCCGAAUCCUAUAUAAAUAAGGAAACUGAGGUUUAUAUGAAUAAAGAACUCCAGGACAGCUUGAGAACAUAUCUGUCAGGCGUAGUGAAGAGAAUCUAUCUCAAUAUUGGACCUGCUGACUAUGAAAAUACAUCCACAUGUAGGCAAAUGAUUGGGAUUAUGAUGGAGUUUGUGUCAUACCUGAAUCAUCUGAAGUACAACAUCUCCAGUCCAUCAGAGAUGUAUAACAUGGGAAAGAACCAGGAACACAUGGAAAAAAUAAAGAACGAGUUUCGAGAAUUUCUCAAUAGCUGGCCCAUGUGGCGACUCAGAAUAGGGGAUACGGUUGCCAACAAGAUCUCAGAACUUCAACAGAAAUUUAAGGAAUCUUUCAUAUAUAUAAAUGAAGAUGAUCGCAAGGACCAGAAGGAGAAGCUGAGGGAAUAUUUGGUUACUGAAGGAGACAAGUUCUGCAGGAAUCACAAUACUAAACUUCUACUAAAGGGGAUUCCUGCUUUGGACCAGACCAUCAUGUCAACUUCUUUCAGCCACAUCUUGUCUCUGCAGAGUUUGCCACAAAGACAUUUUGAGUUCCUCACUUCUGCAUCAUUCUGCCUGCCUUCUCAAUGCGAACUCACCAUGUUCGUGGUGGAGGUGGAUGUAGAUCUGAUGGAGGACCCACAUUUCUGCAUUGUGAUAUCUAUGACAACAUACUAA